AAUCCUCCUGUCAGUUCUCCGGUUCGAGGCCUAGGAGGAGUUGCGACCCCUGGGGGAGCGUCGCUGCUGAAGGGAUCGAGAGGGAUCUGCCUCUGGCGAUCGGGGAGCAAUGGCUGGGAUCGCUAUCCUGCUCGAUUUGUGGAAGGGCAACCCUGGGCUAUCCACCCACUCGCACCACUCCUACAGUUUGUUCUCGGCCGCGGUGGCCGCGUCAGCGGCGGCGGCUUCCAUCUCCGCUGGGAAGCCUUUUGCCUCUCGAGCAUUUUUUGGUUAUUAUGGACUCCCGAUUGCUCAUUGUGAUGCUGGUGCUAGUGCAACAUGGAAUGAGGAGAACAUUUCCAGUGUUGAAAGUGAAAUUGCUUCUGAAAAUAUUUAUCCAGACUCUUUCAAGUAUGGGGUGAAAGAGUAUCCUAUAGAGCUUAAACCUCUGUUUUCAGCAUUCGGUCUUAAGUCGCUUGCUGUGACCUCAUUGAGAUCCUUUUUGUUGUUCUAUUUACCUCUAUUGGAACCUCGCCUCCCUAUGGAAGAGGAUGAUGAUAUCCUACAUGAGGCUCCAGAAGAAAAACCUGUAGAUUUGGUGACUCCUUUACAGAACUCGUUGAAACAAAUUAUUCGUGAGACUGCUGUUGUAACAAGUAGGCGGGUAUUGGAAAGGUUUGCUGUCCAUCGCGUGUCUCAAAGAAUGGCAUGGAAACUUCUUAAAGAUAUUUCUAAAUCAGCCAAACGCAAGGCUGAAAGAGGAAUGCCAACCACCAUUUUUCUUUAUAGUGUCAGUAGAUCAACUUUCAGGGGGCAGUUGCUAGCUGUAGCUGCCACGUGGUUUGUCCAAGUGGUCAUUGAGGGUUAUAGAUGCUUUUUCCGUAAGAACAUCAGCAACAGUGAAGAUAUAGACAACAUUCAAAAAGUUAGGCUCUUCAGGAAAAAGAUAUUUGGCACAACUAUUAAAUGCAGCGCAUCACUAGUCUUUGCAUCCAUUGGAGCUGGCAUUGGUGCUCUUGUUCACCCUUCAACUGGCCAGUGGAUUGGCUGUGCCAUUGGAGAUUUUGCUGGGCCUAUCGUCGCCAUUGUUUGUCUGGAGAAACUUCACUUGGAAAUUUGAGAAUGCUGCUGCAGCCGUCCCCACAAUCUAUUUUGCAAUGGAAUGAUGCAAGCUGUUGCAGUUGUUGUUGCUUCAUUGACAUGCUAAACUCUCCACACAUUUGCGAGUUUCAGCUCCAGGAAUGCCAAUAAAAACCAGGUUCUGGAUGACAAGAAACAAUGGUCAUCAAUGCAUUGGUUAGUAAUUUGAUAUUUAUAAUUCAUCAUGUAACAAAGAGCAAACAUCUGCAGCAAAAUCUGGGGUGGUGCUGUUUCUGAAAUGUAACUUGAGAUGAAACUAGUGUCUUUUAACUGUUCUUGACGAAGUUCCUGAAAGUUUUGAUGGCUUUUGUUUAUCAAAA